ACGCGCUGUCAGGCGGGCGCGGCCGCGGGGCUGCAGUGCCUCCAGUAGACCAGGAGCUUCCAGAGGGCAGGGGGUGGCCCUGCCCACUAUGCGCCCUGCCCCAACCCCGGCCUGAGUUGAAUCAAGGACCAGCUGCUGUCCACUUGCCCACUCUGCCCUCUCGCCUCCAGCCAUGGCACCCCUGCUCACCCUGCUCCUGGUGGCCCUGGUUGGCCUGCCUCUGGCCCAGGCUCUGGACUGCCACGUGUGCGCCUACAAUGGAGAGAACUGCUUCAACCCCACGCGCUGCCCGGCCAUGGUCACCUACUGCAUGACCACACGCACUUACUACACCCCGACUAGGAUGAAGGUGAGCAAGUCAUGUGUGACCAGCUGCUUUGAGACCGUGUACGAUGGCUACUCCAAGCACGCGUCCACCACGGCCUGCUGCCAGUACGACCUCUGUAACGGCGCCAGCCUCGCUGCCCCCGCGACCCUGGCCCUGGCUCUUACUCUCCUGGCCAGCUUCUGGGGUCUGCUCUGAAGCCCUGUGCUGUCUGCCGCACACCCGCUCAAGGACAGACUCCGCACAGCGAGGCCCCGUCCUCUCCGCCUGCACACCCCGCCCGCCCUCUGCCCACCUGAGACCCCCAGCCGCACCUGGCACUGUCUGCAGGAGGACUCCGGACUCCCCGGCCGCCGCAGGGCCUGCUUCUGGUGCCAUGACCUGCCAUUUUCAAAAGGCUAUUGUGGGACCACACUUCCCAAGGCAUCUGGCCCUGCUGGGGCAGCCCAGCCCCGCCCCUGUCCAAGGAUCGGGGCAUCAGCAAAGUGUGCUGUUAACGAGUCUUCAGUUGGCCAGAAAACCCUGAUUUGAAGGGAGACAUGCUCACCUUCCUGGCAGCCAUGGGAGCAAGGCUCUGUCCUGAAGGUGUGCUGGAGGGAAAGAGGAGAUGAGGGACCCAGGGGGUGGAGGACAGUCCUAGGAGGAGGGCUCUCCAGGGCCCCAGGAGGGCUGUCUCUGUGCCUCUGACAGAGGCCAGGAGCUGCCCAGGGCAGAUGAGGCAUGGAGGACUGAGCCAGGAAGGCCUUUGUCCGUGUCAGCAUCCCAGGGAGGGGUCCCAGGCCCUCAUGUCCAGGCAGCCCUUGGCAGGGGAGGGGUUAGCUCAGCCUAAAGAGGCCCCUGAGGCCCCUCCAGCCCCGGGAGCUGGUUCUGGGUCCUGUGAGGGCUCUGUCCCUUCCUGCUCAGCCAAAUCCUUGAGCUUUGCCACUCCCCUCCCGGCACUGCGCGCUUGCACAGGGCCUGAGCCCGGACAGGCCAGGCUAUAUUUGACUGAGCCUGAGAGCUGAUCCCAGGACUAUUUUGGGCCAAGAGGGAAGGGUGCAGAGCGGUGACCACUGGAGGCCUGGCCUUGGGCCCUAGCAGGCUGUGGCAGAGUGCACCCCUUUACAGAGGCAGGGAACUUGGCUGAGGGAAGGAGGAGAUACGCCCACCUAAGUCAGACAGCCGGGUUGGGGGGCUGUGGGCAAGGCGUAUCCUUGACCCGGUGUAAGGUGCCUUCUCCUGGACACUCUGGGCUGUGGGCGGCAGGGGCGGGCUGGGCCCGUGGGACGGAAGGGAAUACGGGGUCUGGGGAGGAGGGCAGGGGGAGGUGGAGUCCCAGGAAAGAGGGGAGGGAGAUGUGGGGUUGAGGAAAGAAGGGAAGAGGACUGGGUUCGUGGAUGGAGGGUGCUGAGGGCCACUCCCUCCCUGCGCAGCCUGGAUUUCCUCUGCAUCCUUGCGCUGAAGGACCAAUGUCCACACCUGGCUUCUGGCAGGCCCCUCUGGUCUGGCCUGCGGGCCUGGCCGGUAGCAGGAUCCUGACUGAGCGAGUGCGAGGUGCGCUGGCCUUGGCCUUGGCCUGGAAGGCCGUGCCAGCCAACGUGAGGGUUUCCGUGGGCCGCUUGACCUCUGCCUGCCAGUGAAGAGGGUGGGAGCAGCACACCAGCUGGAGCUCAGGGAGUGGCUCUCAUACGCCCCCAAUCCAGCCGGGAGUUGGGACCCCCCAAGGGCCCAAGAAUGGGCAUUAUUUUAAGGGCACCCACCCCAGGUGAGCCCCCCUCCCCCACCAGGUUGGGGAAGCAUGUGUUUGCCCAGCAUCUGCCCUUCUGGGUAAGAGUGGCCCAGGGAGCCGGGGCCUGCCAGUGAGGCCCGGCAGGAUGUGCUGCGUUGUGUCAGGGUCAAACAGCACCUGAGGCCACCUCACUUGACCAGUGACCCCAGUUCCAGUGUCCACUGAGGGACCUGAGGAGCUCCUUGAAGCUGGCCUUGCCCAAGAGGGCAGGAUGGUGGCAGAUGCCCACGUCGGGGGCUGUCCCUGGAACUCAGAAGCCUUUGGCCCCAAAGCAUGGCCCCUGUCAGGGGAACCAGUGCUGAAAAUUCCCUCUUGAGAGCUUCCCUCCAGGACUGCCAGACCUCAGGGUACCCUCGGCAGGCCCGGGCUAGACUUCCCAGAGGGCCAGGAGGCAGAAGGAGCUGCACCCCAAGGAUGGCUGACAGCAGGCCAGCUGUCUCCUCCCCUUAGGCCCCGACAGGAGCGAGCCCCUCCCUGGAGGGGGGUUGGGAGGAAGCUAGAGCCCACCCCUGACCCCCAGGAGUGGUCUGCCUGAGGGAAAUGGCCGCUGAGUUGGCUGCAGGGCCAGCUCAGCUCCAGUCACUGUUGGGGAGGGAGGGCAGCCGUGGGCAGACUGCCCUCCUGACUCAGUGGGAGAGGCCUGGGGGAAUGGCUACUGCCCUGCCUGUGCAAGCACUUUGUUCUGGAUCUGGUCUUGCCUCCCUCCCCCCCGUCCCAGUGGGUGUUGGAGUAGACCCCUGCCUGGCCACCUGCGGGCUUCUGGGGUUGCUGAAAGCAGGGACCCAGCAAGGGCUGGGCAGGUGUGGUGUUGUGGGAGCAUCUUACACCUGCCUCCUGCAUCCGUCUGUCCAUCCCUCCGCCACCCUGACCCAUCCCAUCCCAACACUCACAUCCCUGCCCCCAGCCCCGGGGACCAUGCGGCCCACCCCUCCCCCGUAGACUGGGUUCUUCGCGGCCUGGCUGUCUUCCUAAGCCAGCACAGAGCCCACAGGUGUUUAGCUCAUGCCCAGGCCAGGCCCCCUAGUGGGAGGUGCGUGGUACUGCAAAAUAAGGGGACUCAGCAGUGCACUUAGAAUCAAACAAGUAAACUUAGGUGGACUGUGUCUACAAGGGUAGGAGCUAACACCUGCCCAGUUUCCCUGCGUUCACGGAUCUCAGCACCUCCACGACAGCCCUGCAAGGUAGAAGCCGAUAUCAUGGCCCUUUCACAGACGAGGAAGCUGAGACACGGAGAGGUAAGAUGGCAGCCCCCCAAGGCAGGCCAGACCCCUUGCCCCGCAACUGCACCCCAGCCCCACUGUGGAGAGGAGAGGAGGGACGGGAAGGAGGCUUUCUGAAUUUAAGACACUCUUAGCAUGUUAAGUACUCAAAACAGCCUAGAGUCAGGAAAGCUUAGAAGGAGAAAUUGGAAACAGGAGGUUUGAGAAGCCGUGCAGGCCAGAGUCCCAGGCAUCUAGACCUAUGUCAGGAUGCCGGGCCAGGGAUGGAGAAGCAGAGAGAGGAGGCAGAGGGGCACCAGGCACCCCCGGCUUGCCUGGCCCGGACCCAUUCCCCACCUGUGUCGGGACCAUGGGUCCCUGUGGGGACCUCUCCAACAAAAACAAGAGCCUGUGCAGUACAGGCAGGUGCCCAAGCUCUCCUUGUAGCUCCUUGUGCAGCCUGCAUGUCUCAGGAGUGGCUCCUUGACUGGGCAAACGGCACCUCCCAUGGACUCUUGCGUUGUCCAUUCACCUGGGAUGCAGCUGAGAAGGUGGUGCUGCAACUUCGACCUGGGGACGGGUCAGGUCUGGCCCCGUAGCGUGAGGACGGCAUGAGGAAGGUGUGAGCUCGCCGCUCUGCCCCUGCUGGAGGGGAGGCCAGACCAGCUGCUUCCCCACCCGCCUUUGUACUGGCUGAUAUGUGGUGAUGAACGUGUGUUUUCUUCCUGAUUCUAAACUUCUGCAAAAGGUGAAAAGAAGCUGA